UUGUGUCAUGUAUGGAACGGUACCGGAGAAUUGGACAGGAGCUGUAUGCCUCUUUGUACAAGAACCACAUACAGAUGCAGCAGUGUGGUUACAGCAAAGCAGCCAAGGACUGGAUGAUACUUGAGGAGCAACUUUUCUACAGAAGGGGCCCAUGGAGAGAUGCAUCACGAUCCUCGGAGCCACGAUGGAUUCUGGAUCGUUAUGAGGGGCCUUCACGAAUGAGGAGGAGGAUUCAAGAUGUGAACACUCGAGCAGCAAUGAUGAGAAUGAAGAGUGAGGUUCUCCUAGCAAACAGAAAUGAAACAACCUCCCCUGCUGAAGUGAAUCCAGGAGACCUGACGUUAAAUGGAGAAGAAAGAGAGAUGGAUAAGAAGGGAUUGGAUUGUAACCAACUAACAUUCUUCCCUGCUCUACAUGAAAGUUUCCAUUCAGAAGACUUCUUGGAACUGUGUGUGGAGAGACAAAUUAUAUUGCAGGAGUUUGCAGAGAGUGAAAAGGUCACAUUCAAGUGCUCUGUGGCAGUUGUGCAGGGCCAUACAGCAUUGGAAGGAGUGUUGCUCUUUGGCAAAGAGCACUUCUACAUCUGCGAGUGCUUUGUGUUGUCCCCUCUAGAAGAAGUCUACUGUACUCGUCACUGCUUGUCCAGCAUCAGUGAUCCAUUUAUUUUCAACUUAUGUCAUAAAGAUCAUGCUGUGGGAGACCAGAUGUGUUCCCGUUAUUCGUAUCAUGAUAUAAAAGAGAUUCAUCUGAUGCGGUUUCUUCUGCAGGAGAUUGCCUUGGAAAUAUUCUUCAAAAAUGGUUACUCCAGAUUUCUUGUCUUCCACGACAGCGACCGAAAUAAGAUAUUUAAAAGAUUUUGCUCUUUCCAGCCUGCUUUGAAGUCAAAGGGGAUAACAGAAGAGUCCCUGAAUAUAAGGAAACACUCAGGAGGAGAAAAGACAAUGCUCCAGAAGUGGCAGAAAAGGGAGAUUAGCAACUUUGAUUACCUCAUGUACCUGAACACAUUGGCUGGCCGCAGCUACAAUGAUUACAUGCAGUAUCCUGUGUUUCCAUGGGUCCUCGCUGACUAUCACUCUGAGACUCUAAACCUUUCUAAUCCUCAUACAUUUCGAGACCUAUCAAAGCCCAUGGGAGCUCAGACUGUGGAGAGGAAACGCAAGUUCAUCCAGCGCUUCAAUGAAGUGGAAAAGAGUGAGGGAGACCUAGCUGUCCAGUGCCAUUACUGUACUCACUAUUCAUCAGCAAUUAUAGUGGCAUCUUACCUGGUCCGAAUGGAGCCAUUUACCCAGACCUUCUGUUCUCUGCAGGGUGGGAGUUUUGAUGUUGCAGACAGGAUGUUUCACAGUGUCAAGAGCACGUGGGAAUCAGCAUCAAGGGACAACAUGAGUGAUGUCAGGGAACUCAUCCCUGAAUUCUUUUACUUGCCAGAGUUCCUAACCAAUGCAAAUCACUUUGAACUUGGCUGCAUGCAGGAUGGAACAGUGCUUGGAGAUGUGCAGCUUCCUCCUUGGGCAGGUGGGGACCCCCAUAAAUUUAUUCUACUGCACAGACAGGCACUGGAAAGUGACUAUGUCAGUGCACACCUUCAUCACUGGAUAGAUCUUAUUUUUGGCCACAAGCAGCAUGGCUCAGCUGCGGUGGAGGCAGUUAACACCUAUCAUCCUUACUUCUAUGGAGACAAGAUGGACCUCAACAACAUUAAAGAUCCUCUGAUUAAAAGCACUAUCCUGGGAUUUAUCAGCAACUUUGGACAGAUACCAAAGCAGCUCUUCACAAAACCGCAUCCAUCCAGGAAUGCCCAAGGGAAAAGCUCAUCAGGAAGAGAGACUGUGCUGUUCCAUCACUCAGGUGGAAUUCUUCCUCCUUUUAUGAGCAGCCUGCAAAAUCUGAAGCUCUCUCCAGUUACUCUAAAAGACUAUCCCAAGGGAGCUAUUGGGCAUAUUGUUCAUACAGAGAAAGGCAUUCUGGCUGUUGAAAAAAAUAAAAUUUUGAUUCCUCCUCUUUGGAGCAAAACAUUCUGCUGGGGAUUUGAGGACUUCACCUGCUGCUUUGGCAACUAUGGAUCUGAGAAGAAUGUGACUACAUUUGAGUGCAUGGCGGACUGGGGAAAGUGCCUGUGUGCUGUGUGUCCUUCAGCGACUACCAUAAUCACAUCUGGAACAAGCUCGGUUGUGUGUGUCUGGGAACUUUCCUUGGUCAAAGACAAAGUGAAGUGUCUAAACCUGAGACAGGCUUUGUAUGGACACACUCAGGCAGUGACCUGCCUUGCUGCAUCUGUAACCUACAGCAUCUUUGUGAGUGGAUCUGAUGACAGAACCUGCAUCAUUUGGGACCUGAACCAGCUGACGUACAUAAACCAACUUCCUGCCCACAAGGCAAGCCUCUGUUCUGUUGCCAUCAACAACUCAACAGGUGAUAUUAUCUCUUGUGCUGGAUCUUACCUGUAUCUGUGGACAGUCAAUGGCCAUCUUCUUGUAAGCAUCAACACUGCCUGCAGCCCUACCUGCCGUAUUGUUUGCUGCUGCUUUGCUGAAGUGAUGGACUGGGACAUAAGCAGCAUCAUCAUCACAGGAAGCACAGAUGGAGUGGUGAGGCUGUGGAAGGCCGAAUACACCAAUAAUCCAGACCAAGCUGCUGGAGUCAGACCACAGAAAGGUGUGAUGGAAGAGCCAGGCAGCACAGGUAACAAGUGUGGAAAACAUCUUGUUCUCUGUCGGGAACUGAAUCCCAGCCUUGUCCUGACCGGCAAAGCGGGUCGGACGAGCGCGGCGGUGACGGCGCUCGCCGUGUCCAGAAAUUCCUCCAAGCUCCUAGUUGGUGAUGACUGGGGAAGAAUCUGCUGCUGGUCUGUGGAUGGGUAGGAAGAAAUAGCCAAGAACUCUUGUUUUUUCAACCUUUUGGAUGGAGAGAAAAAUUACCCUUCAGAGCAUGAAAGAAUCAGAGAAACUGGAAGCCUGUGGUUGGGGACUGAAUCUCAAAGGAGUUGUGGGACUGACCUUGCAGUCAAGUUUGAUUUAAAUUAGACAAUGGACUCCAAAGUUGUGAGAGACACUGACAGACGUGCACAUAGACAAUUAGAUUUUGUAGUAUUUUUCUGGGGAAAACUUUUGUAUUUUAAAUGUUAUUUUAGUUAUUAAAUUUGACAUAAUACAUUGGAUUUCACAAAUAUUAGCUAGCAAAUAAAACUGCCUUGAUUAUGCCAAA